AUGACUGCAUCAAAUAAAUUUAUAAAACAUUUUCGUGAUUUACAAGCUGGUGAAAGUGAAAAGGCUGGAGCUGCUGAAACACUUGCUUAUCUUAAUGGCGAACUAUCAUUUCAAGAGUAUGAAAAACGUGUACGCGAAGCAAAUACUGAUUAUUCGAAUGUAUCUGUUGGUAAAGUUCUUGAUACACGUGAAGCUGAAAUCGUUGAUAUUGAUGAAUUAAUUGAUGAAAUGAGCGAUUUGGAUGACUUGAGUGGACUUAGUAGUGCCAGUACCAGUGAUAAUUCCGAUGAAUCUCAACCGAAUAAUGAAUCAUUAAAAAGAAAAAAGAAUGAGAGUGAAUCUAAAGCAAAACGUCGUCAACGAAAAAAACAACAACAGAAUUCCGAUGAAAAUUCUGAUGAUGACGAAGAUGAAUGUGAAGAGAAAGUAAUGGAUCCAAAUGAAAUGCGAAAUCGAAUGGUACAACAUCUUGAACAAAUGCGUUUAGCUAAACAAAAAAAGAAAAAACAAGCGAAUAAAUCAAAAAAUCGUAAACGUUCUGCGCCAUCAGUCUCGAUCGCUGAGAAAGUACCUAAAAGUCGUCUCAAUCAAGAAUGUCAAGCAUUGAUGGGUGAAGCUAACAUGGCUUAUGCUCAUGGUGAUAUUCAAAAAGCAAUACGAAUAUGUCAAGAACUGAUUACCAAAGUUCCAAAUGCUGCUGAACCUUAUUUGACCAUUGCACGCAUUUAUGAAGAUCAAAAUGAUCAUAAUAAAGCUUUUGAAAUGAGUUUUGUUGCUGCACAUUGCCAACGUUCAAAAGAUUCAUGGCUUCGAAUGCUUGACGAAUGUCAACAACGUAAAGCUGAUGAUCUCAUAACGACCUGUUUCAAUAAUAGUAAGUAUUUUUCGAUAAAAAUUGACGCCAAACAUUAUUCACCAUCAUAA